CUACUAGCGAGUCUGUGCUGCUGUGAAAGUGAUAGUGUUGCAAGCCAAUACAUCGUAUAACAUUACACAUGGAUGACGGAUGCUCACAAGAAUGGCAACAGUCGCGCUGGGAAGCAAUAGAAACCUUGAAUGAAACAGGCAACGCAUCAGUCUCAAACGCAUCCGUUCAUUCCGUCAUCCCCUUGAAGACCUCCAUAGUCAUAACUACGACCUCUUUCCUCAUAUUGUUCUGCGUUGUGUCCUUGGCCGUCAACAUUGUCAUCAUCAGCUCCGCGUGUUUCGUCCGCAAUAAGAUCCUUCCUACUCUCUACAUCAGUUUGAGUCUCGCAGGCGCUGACACAUUCAGUCUCUUCCUUUACGCUCUUGGUCUAGUUCUCUUCACCCUUCUCCCUAGAGGCUUUGGUGUGGUGUUCAACACACCAUGUUUCUUUCUCCUUGUCGAGACACUACGGAUGGGGGCGAUCCUGACGACAAUUUUCCACCUAGCGGCGCUGGCUGGAAACCACUACAUGGGGAUUUUGAAACCCCUGAAAUACCCGGUGUAUAUGACCAGACGGAAUGUGCGCUGUGUGGCGAUUCUUCUGUGGACCAUUCCCUCUGCUUUGUUACUCAUCAAGGUUUUCUAUAUUGAAAACACGCUUGGAGAACCAUGCACGGCUGAUUUUCUAAUAACGAAGGAGUUUCGGAUGACUUUCGCAAUACCACUCUUUACAACCCUUGGACUCAUGAUGUUUAUAUACUGUCACAUAUAUGCAUUGGUUGAAAAAAGGAAAAAGACAAACCACAUCAAGCUAUGCUCAAAGCCUGGAAGUGUGAAUCGCAGACAUCAACGCAACCAAAGUAGCAACUCCAUAACUAGAAGUCAGGUAAACAAGAAGGCCAUUGUGACCACACUGAUGAUUCUAGGCUCCGUCAUCUUUGGCUGGGUCCCUGCGUUCGCGUACUUCGUGCUCUUCUGCAAGGAUUGUUUAUUUUGUGAAUACUGGAAACUUGGAACGCUCAAGGAGCACAUCAUCCUCGUUAUCAUUAACUUCCUUAUGAUUUCGAAAACUGCCACAAACAGUUACGUUUACGCUUGCCGUAUGAAAGAACUGAAGCUGGCUUUAAAGGGAAUGAGGAAGCAAUCGUUGAAAAUGGCUCGGUGA